AUGGAGCUACAAAUAAGCUCAAGAUGGGGGAAGGCCCACAAGAGGGAAAAUGGAAAAGGGCCAACUUCAAUUUUCAAACCCAACCAAGAACAUGUUAGAUGCCAUGGCCCAUGCCAGAGAUUCAAGCAGGAACCCAAAGAGGCCCUAAACGCCAGAGACCAUGAGAAAAUAGUGAAGCACCAUACUGAAAACGAUAAGGCUAACGCGCACAACUCGAUGAGUGGUAGUGUUAGAGGCCUUCCGCAAUUGCUGCUCAUUCCACACUCUCCUCCUUAUAAAAACUGUUCGAAAAAGCUAACCUCUCCCACCCUCCACUCCAUCCACACCCACUUCCUAUAA